AAUUCGUUAAUGGCUUACUGCACACCUCUAUAAGAAAUCUCCAUUAAUUGUGGCCAAUCAGAAUUAAGGGGUUCCUAGAUUCUUCCACUUCGUACGGGAAUAAAACGUGAGGCUUUGCAAAGCUGGGCUGAGUAACUCGUGUCGUGCAACACCAAGCCAGCCACUUACAUGAUUCUUCAUAUCAUGUAAACCACCGACGUAUUAUCCAUACAACCCACCUUGGUAGAGCUGACUCUCUGUGCCAACCAAGGAUAUAAGAAGGAAUUGCUCUACGGUCUACCUACCUACCACUAACCGACUCACCUAACGUCAGCUAGGUUGGAUUUGGGGGCUGUGGUCUGUUUCAGACAUCGGCUUCUAAAUAAGUUCGUUACCCCUCAGGUUCAACAGCUAUGUCUUCCUUUCCUUGGGAACUCCUGGCUAGCUUAUCGCCAGGAUGAGCUAUCCGCCUAGCCCACGUGCGACUCUUCGCUUGUCGUUCUGCUAUAUCGUUUUUCAGCUAUUAGUAGCUUGUUACGCUAGUUCUAUGUGUAGUCUUGUGGACCAGAGAUCUGCUAUUGUCGGAGACCGUUUAUUCUUCUCGAGCGGCAAUUAUACCUUUGACGAUGGACAAGCCAUGCAUAAUACGUCGUUACUCUAUUGGCUCCCUCUUUACGAGACAAUUGACGUUUCUGGUCCUAUUGACAUGUCUAUAUUUGGUUCAGCUCCUUUACCAAGUAAUAGUCUCGCAAACAAUAGAGGUGGUUCUGCCGGGACAUUCUUCUAUGAUCGUACAUCCUUGUACCCAUAUGCUGGAAUGGUGGGCUCAGAUGCGGAUGGGAUAGACAAUUCUUUAUGGUCUUUCAAUACGACCGACGAUACAUGGAGCUUAGUCCAAGUCCAAGGCGGUAAGAUUUCGUUUGGUAAUAAUAGCGAGGGCGUUCACGCGAGCGACCCAAGCACGGGCACAUCUUUCUAUACUGGUGGUUGGACCAUGGCUUUCAACGGCACAAAUAACGGCACUGUCAAAUUUCAAUCCUUCAACUCGAAUUCCCCGCAGUGGACUUUCGAGACUGCCACUACCGGCAUUCAGGGGCCCGACAUCCUCAAAGGUGAGAUGGUGUAUCUGAGAAAGGGUGAGUCAGGCGUGCUUCUCGCUUUCGGGGGAUACCAGACAGCCUACCGGGGUACCGAGUUCGCAGCGUGGGACUGGGAUCGCCGGCCUUUCAACGAAAUAUUCGUGUACGAUAUCUUCUCAAACAUCUGGUACCUGCAGGAGGCCACCGGCGAUAUCCCUAGUCUUCGUACGGAGUUUUGUGCGGGUGUUUCGGCUGCGCCGGAUGAUUCCAGCUUCCAGGUCACAGUACACGGGGGUUGGGAUCAGCUUGAGGGGCGCGCUCUCAACGACGUAUAUGUGCUGAGCAUACCUUCGUUCCGUUGGAUCAAAAUCAACGAUACUCAUAAUCCGGACUUGCUCGGUCCCGACUCCCCUGGCCGCAACCGACUUAAAUGCGACGUUUGGAAUGAGACGCAGCUCAUAGUAUCAGGAGGGCUGAUUACACUUAGUACCGGCACCGGUAAUUGGGAAACACUUAACGAAGAAUGUAAUAAGACCUAUCCACCGUUCAAAGUCCUAGAUACUUCAACAUAUACUUGGCGGACGAGCUUCGAUCCUAGAUUAGAGUAUUCGGUGCCAGACUCGGUAACGGCAAUCAUAGGCGGAAACUCUUCUGGUAAUGCGACCCUUAAGACGCCUUCUACUGGCUGGAGUUCUGAAGACCUAGGAACUAUCUUUAGCAAAACAGUACCUAGAGACAAAUAUAAUCCCAACCAGACAUUUGAUGAUCCAGCUUCUAGCUCGACUGCGACCGCGGCCGCUGACCCCGGGGACAUAAAUAAUAGCCUAAGCCAGGGUGCCAUUGCGGGAAUCGCCAUUGCUGUGGUCAUGGGCGUAAUUUUUAUCCUUGCCGGCACGAUGGUAUGGUUGGAUAGGAAACAUACGCCGAUUCCAAAGAAAAUGGUGGAAACUGUGAAGAUACUAGCCGGGUCGGAUGGUCAUUGGCAAAAACCGGAGCUCGAAGGUUGUCGCAAUAUGCGAUACGAGAUAGGGGUCUCGGAACCUCGGCCGCAUGAGGUACAUGGCGAAGGAGUGACGAAAUACGAACUGCCGGGAAGCGUACCAUCUCGUGUGGAAUUGCAGUGAUCUAGAUUUUUCAAAAUUUGCCAACGGUAACGAGAUUAGGUAGAGCUAAUGAUGAACCAUGAUCUUUUUAAUGAAUAGAACGAUUGAAACGGGAAACACCCAGAUAGAAGUUACCUUAGAGAGCCAGUGGAGGGAAAUCUGCCUUGGAGAAUGACUGAGAUAAUCCCAGCUUACCCGAAGAACUGGAUAAGGAGCAUUAUACUUCUCAUCAAAUAUCAUCUAUGGCUAUGCCCUUUAAAGCAACAUUUACCUUGACGACUAGGAUUAACUUUGACUUAAUGAUGCUCGGCUAGAUGUAAUUAUUAGUUGAUACACUAAGAUAUAAGGGAGAUGAUAAUGCUUACCUGUUAGAGAUCUAGUCUGUGGAAGGGCUAGUAGCUAGGAGUCCAGUAAAAAUCAGAAUUCGACUCAUG